UGAUUUGAAAGUUGAAUAAUGACUCAUCCCGAAGAUCUUGCUGUUCUGCCACGGGGAACGACGGGACCUAUCUGGUUUUCCUUCUCUUCGUCUUUCCCGAUUUGAGUCUCUCCCACCUCUACCUGGCACACGUUAACUGAACCCUCUGCUCUGGCUAUGGAGAUUAUUUAUUAGUGAUUAAGUAUGUCAAAUACGGUCGAUACUGCCAUUAUUCUGGAGCUUUCAAGGGAGCUUGAUAAAUUGAGGAAAGAACAGGAGAGUUGUCUGCUUGAGAUCAAUAAACUCCAUAAAAAGCUUCAAUCUUCUCCUGAGGUGGUCGAGAAAUCAAGUGAUGAACUGUUGGGGAAGCUUCGAGAAUUGUAUCACAAGUUCAAAGAACUUUCAGAGAAGGAAGUGAUUUUGUUGAUGACAUUGAACAAUGAAGUCGAUUCUUUUAUCCUACACGCUGUGCAUCGCAGAAAAGAUGGCAGUGAACAGAAAAAGAAACGAAUGAAAGCUGAUGUCGAUAUUUCGAGGCUCUCUCUUGCUGGAUCCAUGCGUAGUCAACUUGAACUUGCUGCUUGUCUAAAGGAUGAACAGGUAGCGGCUAGGGUCACACCUGAUGGAGCUGAGGAAGACGAGUGGAUUGUUGUAAAAGUAAUCCAUUUUGAUAGAGAAGCAAAAGAAUUUGAGGUGCUUGACGAGGAGCCUGGUGAUGAUGAAGAAGGUGGAGGCCAGAGAAAGUACAAGCUGCAUAUGUCACGCAUUAUUCCUUUUCCAAAGCGAAUUGAUCCUUCCAGUGCUCCAGAUUUCCCUACUGGGAGACAUGUUUUGGCGGUCUAUCCAGGGACCACGGCAUUAUAUAAAGCAACUGUAGUCAAUGCCCAUCGUAAGAAGAAAACUGAUGAUUACUUGCUGGAGUUUGAUGAUGAUGAAGAAGAAGAUGGAUCUUUACCCCAGAGGACAGUACCCUUCCACAAGGUUGUUCCUCUGCCUGAGGGACAUCGCCAGUGACAUUCGAUGUCUGUUAAAUAUGUGCUACUUAUUUUUAUUUGGCUGUUCAUAUUCUUCUUUUCCAGCCAGAUGUACUUACUAUGUUUGCCACGUUAUGUUGUGUUC